AUGGCACGAUCCCAGUAUGCCGCAGCCAAGCACCGGUCCAGACGUCGACACCAGACACGCAGUCCCUCCCCAUCUCGCCACACUGAUUGGGACUCACGACAUGUUCCCCUUCCCCAUUCGCUGCCUUACCGAUCCCGAGAACCUGAAAUACGGAGGCUCGCCGGUACCAACCUAAAAAUUUAUUCCCAUCGAGGUGCACCACUGCCCGAAGAAAACAUUGACGACGAUUCCGACGACGACCCAAUGCCUCACCCCCAGCAGCAACUCGCUCGGCCAGCUGCCGUCGCCCCCCGGAACGGCAAGGGCCGUGCCGUAUAUCUCGAAGUGGAAGAGGACGACGAUGAAGAUGAUAACGAACAAAUGAUAUCGAGACUUCGAUCUAGAUCUAGACCCCGGACACAGUCACGGUCCAGAACCAUAUCGAGGAGGCAAUCAAGGGCGCGAUCGAAGGCUAGAAGCACAAGUAGCAGCGGGGACGAUGAAACCUACGAGCUUUCACCCCCGCGAUCGACCCCUCUGUAUCGUUCCAGGCCAACUUCGAGACUUCCAUCGCCAUCAACCUCCAGGAGUUCAAGUGUCGAUUCCGAUUCAACCACGUCUACACAGGAAGACCGAUUAAAGCGUCGAACUCGCAGAGGAAGGGUGAGUGUACCGGUCACACCACCACCGCCGCCUCCACCUGCACCCCCCGCCGACCGGGCCGACCGUCGACGGCAUCGGCGUAGACAUCGAGAUAGAUCCGCGUACAGGACCCCCGACACCGAUUCCGACGAUGAUGAAGUACCCGUACCCGUGUACGACACUACACUCCGUUUGCGAGAGAGAUCCAAGUCGCUGCCGCGUUCGGCAAGAAACUCAAGGAACAACUUAACAUCACGAAGUAACUCUCGGGUGCGUGCACCUCGAGAGCGACUUGAUGAAGCAGGCCCUAGUACCUCGACGAAAAGACCACAACGGAGGAGGUAUUAUGACUCUGACACGGUAUACGUUGAGAAACCCUCGCUUCCACGGGCAAACACUGUUCCCAUCCCACGUGGGACUGCUGAAAGUAUGAGUUCCUCCUCAACACAUUCAUCACCUUUUCUAAAUAGGUUUACGGGUCCAGGACUUUCAUCGCCGCCCGAUAAACAUGCCAAGAUGGGUGAAUGUGUCGUCUGCCUCGAUGACCUCCCAGCGAGCAAGAUGGCCAAGCUGAAGUGUGGACACCGCAUGUGCAAGUCAUGCCUCAAGCGCAGCUUCAAGCUCUCCGUCAAAGACCCAGCACAGAUGCCGCCGAGGUGCUGCACAGCCGAUUGCAUCCCGUUGAAGCACGUCGAGAACUUAUUCGACAUUGACUUCAAGAGGACCUGGAACCGGAAGUUCCAUGAAUUUUCUACCCGGAACCGCCUCUACUGUCCCGGCAAGAGGUGUGGGCAGUGGAUCAGACCCGACCAGAUUACUCGCCACCGAAACGGUCGUAAGAUAGGCCGUUGUGGCAGCUGUGAUACUCGAGUUUGCUGUGACUGCAAUAAUAGAUGGCACGGCUCUACUGCAUGCCCUGUGGACGAGGAAACGAACCAGAUUUUACAGCAGGCCAAAGAAGAAGGAUGGCAGCGUUGUUACAAUUGCAGGAAUAUGGUUGAGUUGAAAGAAGGCUGCAACCACAUGACUUGUCGUUGUGGUGCCGAAUUCUGUAUGAUAUGUGGGUUGAAGUGGAAGACUUGUGAAUGCCCAUGGUUUAAUUACGACGGUGCCGAUUUAGAUCAUUUUGAUCAUAUGCAGAUCCCAGAACCGAUAAUAGACCGCGAGAGGCUUAGUCGCAGGAGUACUCCAGCCGCGGCCGUGGGCAUGGAUGCUAGGCGAGUAUCACCUGGUACUGGGUUACGGAUUCGACCAAGCGCAGCAGGCUACGAUGAGGAACUACUUGCUAGACGUAUGCAAGUACAACGAGAUGAGGAAUUUGCACGACGCCUUCAAUACGAGGAUGACGAAGACGACUAUAUGGAUCCUGCCGAAGACAUAGUUCCUAUGAGGAACAGCACAGAGCACUUCAUGAAUCCGGGUUACAGACGUCGAGCUAAGACCGUGAUCGCACCACCAGCCCCUGCACCGCCAGUACCCCCGGCACCAUUCGAAAGAACAAACUCAGUUAUAGACUACGUCACUGGAGUGAACAGGGCUCGAGGUGUCCGUGCCAACUCGAUGGAACGUCGCCUCGCGGAUCGAUUCGAACAGCGUCAGGAUAACGCCCCUGCCCGCCAUUCAUUUGGACAGCCUAUUCCACCCCCUCCCGCUCCUCCACAUGCUAUGGGUCCGCCGCCGCCGCCGAUGCAACAAGUACCCCUCGGAGGACCGCCCACUUACAUGCGGAGACAUACUGCCGAUGAAGAUCUAUACGAGGCUCCGCGAAUCGGUCGACUUCCGAGGAGAGCUUCGACCCGCAGCUAUGUCGAAGAACCGACAUAUUAUGAAGCCGGUCCCCGAAUCCGUCGCCGAGAGCGAGCACAUUCUACAUCACCUAAAGAUUCGGUUCUCGCCGGUCUCACUGGUCCCGGGCGUGGGAUGCAUCGCGUUUACGAGUGGGUUAAUCACGUCGAGGGAGCUGUACCCGCCACUUAG